GCGUGUGUGCGUGCGUGUGUGCUUACGCAGGCCCAGCUCAAAGAGAUGGAGUCGAAGACCCAGGAGAUGAUCCAACAAAGACUCGUGAAGAUUGAGGAUAUCCGCUCAUCGGUAUCCCAACUGGAGCUGGUGGUGGAGCGGGCGACGAUGGGCAGCGUCUGCAUUUUCUCGGCGCUGACGGCGGCCAUCGAACGAGCGCAGGCGGAGCUGAUGAACGUCAUGCAGGCCAACCGGCAGACGGCGGCGAACCAGGCGGAUGCCUUGAUACGGCAGCUCGAGCAGGAGGUGGAAGAGCUGCGGCGGCGGGAGAGCGCUCUCACGCAACUCUCGACCACGGAUGACCACCUACACGGUGUCAAGAAUUUCGCUACGGUCACUGCUCCUCUACCCACCAACGAUUGGUCGGGUGUUUCCAUCACGUGCGAUCUGGGGACCAACGCCAUCUACGGGUCGCUGGCAGGCGAGGUGGAGAAGUUCCCUCGAUCCAACUUGAUUCUGCCCCAGAAUUUCGCUACGGUCACUGCUCCUCUACCCACCAACGACUGGUCGGGUGUUUCCAUCUCGUGCGAUCUGGGGAUCAACGCCAUCUACAGGUCGCUGGCAGGCGAGGUGGAGAAGUUUCAGGAGCAGCUGAGGGGCAUCAUCGAGACGGGUUUCACUGCCUCAUCACUGGAGACCAGUCCAGCGCGUCCACAGCCCAGGAUGAGAAGGGUGCAGGAGUUUGCAGUGGACGUCACACUGGACUGCAACACGGCCCACCCCAGACUGCUUCUGUCCGACGACAUGAAGAGCGUGUGGUGCGGCGACCGGCACCAGCUACUUCCGGACAACGUCGAGCGGUUUGAUCGCGUCGUGUGCGUCCUGGGGAGGGAGGCCAUCACCUCCGGGCGACACUACUGGGAGGUCCAAGUGGGCGGGAAGACGGACUGGGAUUUGGGCGUCGCCAGGCAAUCCAUCAACAGGAAAGGCAAGAUUGACGUGACGCCAAAUAAUGGAUACUGGUUCCUCAGCUUGAGAGACAAGAACAAGUACGCCUUUCGCACCGAGCCAUCCACCGACGUUCACCUCAACCUCCGACCCAACAAGAUUGGAGUAUUUGUCGACUUUGAUCGAGGACAGGUUUCCUUCUACAACGUGGACGCCAAAAUCCACAUCUAUACGUUCAACGACACGUUCACAGAGUGCAUCUUCCCGUUCUUUAGCCCCUGCACCAACAGAUCCGGAAAGAACGACGGGCCGCUCGUCAUCACGCCAGUCGACGUGUCGGAAUGAACCAAACCAAUAAGUCCCGUUCCGCCGCCGCACUUGAUUUCACGUUGAUUCUUCUUGCUGGAUUUCUUCAAUCGAUUAAAACGGUGUCCUAUUUCAAAGUUAUUCAUGCAAGCAUUUAAAAAAGCAAAGACAAUGUACAACUUGA